UUUACGUCUAGUUUAAAAUAUGUUUAUGCAUAAAAGUGUAUAAAGUUAUUCAGUAACUUUUUGAGAAAAAUAAUUAUUUAUCAAAUUGUUAUGAAAAAAUUAAGUAGAGAAGUGAUGAAAACUAUUUGCAACACGCAUCUCUCAUUGUCACAAAAAUCGUCGAUUGUUGGAUAUUAUGAAGAAAUUUAAAUAUAAAAAUCAAAUUAAUUAAUAAAAUUUUACUUCGAAAAGUUAUAUAAAUUAUAAAUAAAAAUGCAGUCAAAUAUGACUUUCGAUUUUUACAACUUUACAGUUGAAGAUCCUAUAAAAAUCGAUAUUAUAGGAAUGGUUGUGAUGUCUGUAUUAUUGGGUAUCAUAAUAUUAGCUACUGUAGUUGGAAAUUUAUUUGUCAUAGCUGCAAUAUUUAUCGAGAAGAAUCUACAGAGUGUUGGUAAUUAUUUAGUCCUAUCCUUAGGUGUUGCAGAUCUGAUGGUAGCAUGUUUGGUUAUGCCACUCGGUGCUGUAAACGAAGUGAAUCAAGAAUGGAUAAUGGGACCCGAGUUAUGUGACGUGUGGACUGCAUGUGACGUUCUCUGUUGUACAGCAUCUAUCUUACACCUCUUAGCCAUAGCAGUUGACAGAUUUUGGGCAGUAACUAACGUCGAUUACGCUCGUCAAAGAAAUGCUAAACACAUUUACAUAAUGAUCCUUUUAGUUUGGAUAGUAUCGUUUGUGGUAUCUCUAGCGCCUAUAUUCGGUUGGAAAGAUCCCGAUUUUGCCAAGCGACUAGAAGAAGAAAAAAGGUGUCUUGUGAGUCAAGAUGUUGCCUAUCAGAUAUUCGCUACCUUUUCUAGCUUUUAUGUGCCAUUGGNGAA